UGAAAAGACACGAGCAUCGGGGAGAGGAGGCGAACGUCGCAUCUGACUGCUUUCCCCAUCAAAGCAGCACCAGGGUUUAUUUUUCUUAUUGUGGCUUUGUUUGUUUGACGUGAUUUAGCCUUUUUUUUCGCGAGAGGCAGUUAAUGGUGCUUUUUCCAGAAAAGGAUUUAUACAUUUAUAAAAAAACAAAACAAAACAAAAAAAAAAAAACAGAAGAAAAUAGCACGAUUGAGGAGGGUAUAUCGUUGUAUGUUAAAAUUGCUUCUUGUGCGUGCUGAAUUGGAUUGAUUUCACAGACAUCAGACUGUGCUACUAAAAUCGAAAAAAUUCUCCGUUGGUAAAAUAAAUAAAUCAUAUAUCUGUAUUUAUUUUAUUUUGAUGCAUUGCCUUGAAGUGAUUAUAUUGAUAGAUACGGUGUUUUGUGAAUGAAUAUUUACACCAGCGUGAAGAAAGGACAGUUUUUUUAACCUACCUCUUUUUUUUUUAUUACCCACCAGUAAGGGGAGUUUUCCUUGCAAUUUAAAAGUUUGGGCUAAGAAGGAACAUACUUUGAUAAUGAAGAGAACAGACAUGAGACCAAUAUGAAUACAGCUUUUCCUGUUAAAUAUUUGGACUUGACUACAUUUUGAACAUUCUCAAUUCAUCUUUUUGAAAUCUGAUACAGGCUAUUUUAUUUUUUGUUAGUUAAUGCACAAAUAAUUUUGGACCUUCCAGUGAUUAUCCCUUUUCAUCUUUUGGCAGUUAUCCAGUGUUAAGGUUGUGUAGGUGGAGGGUUGGUCAGCCCACCUCUAACAUAUUUGUAAUCCAGGAAGUGGGAUAUCAACUGAAGCAAUUAUGGCCCUGCCGGAUAAUGCCAGUUGUACCCUCCCAGGAGAAGAGCCCAUUUUUCCUGAAAUCAUUGAGCUGAAUGUGGGUGGACAGGUGUACAUCACCCGUUACACUACUGUCACCAGUGUUCCUGACUCCCUACUCUGGGAGAUGUUUAACCGGAAAAACAUCAAGACCCUGGCCAGGGACACUAAGGGCCGUUUUUUUGUGGACAGAGACGGGUUCUUGUUCCGCUACAUUUUGGACUACAUGCGAGACCAGCAGCUGGUGCUCCCAGAUCAUUUCCCAGAGCGCAGCCGGCUGCAGAGGGAGGCAGAGUACUUUAACCUACCUGAGCUGGUCAAACUGCUUACCCCAAAGAUAAGCAAACAAAACUCCAUCGGGGAUGACGCAUGCCAGAGUGACCCAGAAGAGUCAUCACCCAAUGCAGACACAGCCAGGAACAUCGCCUCACUAGGUGCCAUAGCAUGCUCUAGCAUUACCCAAGGGCCCGGCUCUGAAUCGCGCCGUGCUGGCUUUAUCACCAUCGGUUACCGUGGCUCCUACACCCUGGGCCGUGACAGCCAAACUGAUGCCAAAUUCAGAAGGGUGGCCCGAAUUAUGGUCUGUGGCAAGACCUCCCUGGCUAAAGAAGUGUUUGGUGACACUCUGAAUGAAAGUCGGGACCCAGACCGCCCCCCUGAGAGGUACACUUCCCGCUACUACCUGAAGUUCACCUUCCUGGAACAAGCCUUCGAUAAGCUUGCAGAUUCCGGUUUCCACAUGGUGGCCUGCAAUUCCACAGGCACCUGCGCUUUCGCCCAUGACCAAACAGAUGACAAAAUCUGGACCAGUUACACCGAAUAUGUUUUCUACCGUGAGUGAGCACAGAUACUAUCCCACCCUUUCGUUUGAUUCUUGUACUGUCGUGGUUCCAUUGCUUUAGAGGUAGAACUUCCAUCCCAAUGUAUCCCAGACUCCCAUCCGCUGCCCUCCCGCUUGAUCUCAGCUUUUCCUGCAGUCAGCUGACCCGCCACCUACCAGCCUCUGCUUCCUCCACCCUGCGGAGAGACUAGACCUUUUGUUGUGUCUUUUAUAUAUAUAUAUAUAUAUAUAUAUAUAUAUAUAU